GCGCCCGGAAGCGGCUCUGGGAGGCGCGCGGCGGCUCGCGCCCUUCCCGGGUGGGGGAGCCGCGAACCCCGGGCCGGGCCGCGCGCGCGCUGAUUGGAGCGCGGGCCCGCAGCCGGGUUCGCCCCGCAGAGCUCUGCGCUCGCGGCCACCGCACCCAGAGCGCCGGCGACGACAUGGGCAGCCUCGGCGCGCCAGAUCCGCGCGCGGAUGUGAACUAUUAAGAAGAAAAUGGCCCAACAGGACACCGUACUUCCUUCUCUUGUCAACCAGGAAGGGUAUACUAUCUGGAAAAUAUGCAUCUAAGGCGAGUGAAGACCAUGCCCCGACACAGCCAGUCCCUGACCAUGGCGCCCUACUCUUCUGUGAGUCUGGUGGAGCAGCUGGAAGACAGGAUCCUCUGUCAUGAGAAAACCACAGCAGCACUGGUGGAGCAUGCCUUCCGCAUCAAAGAUGACAUCGUCAGCAGUUUGCAGAAGAUGCAAAAUAAAGGGGGUGGUGACCGCUUAGCCAGGCUGUUCUUGGAAGAGCACAUCAGAAAUAUAACCGCCAUUGUGAAACAACUGAAUCGGGAUAUUGAGGUUCUCCAGGAGCAGAUCCGUGCCAGGGACAACAUCAGCUACGGAACUAACUCUGCCUUAAAGACGCUGGAGAUGCGCCAGCUCUCUGGCUUGGGAGAUCUCCGAGGAAGAGUUGCAAGGUGUGACGCCAGCAUAGCCAGACUCUCUGCAGAGCAUAAGACGACUUACGAGGGACUCCAGCACUUGAACAAGGAACAGCAAGCAGCCAAGAUGAUUCUGGAAACAAAAAUCAAAGACGCAGAAGGACAGAUUUCUCAGCUUUUGAGCAGAGUGGACCUGUCCAUCUCUGAGCAGAGCACCAAACUGAAGAUGUCCCACAGAGACAGCAAUCACCAGCUCCAGCUCCUGGACACUAAAUUCAAAGGUACAGUUGAGGAGCUCAGCAACCAGAUUUUAUCUGCGCGGAGUUGGCUGCAACAAGAACAGGAACGGAUAGAGAAAGAACUUUUACAGAAAAUCGAUCAUCUUUCCUUGAUUGUUAAGGAAAACAGUGGAGCCAGCGAAAGAGACGUGGAGAAGAAACUCAGCCAGAUGUCAGCCAGGCUUGACAAAAUCGAAGAGAGUCAGAAGAGGAACGCCGCAGAAGGACCGAGAAAGCCGGAAGAGGAGAAGGUGCACGGGCGGAUCAGCAAACUGGAGCUCCAGAUGACCGAGGACAUGAAGGAGAUGAAGGCAGAGGUUAACGCGGGGUUUACAGCCAUCUACGAAAGCAUAGGAUCCCUCAGACAAGUGCUGGAGGCCAAGAUGAAGCUGGACAGGGACCAGCUACAGAAGCAGAUCCAGCAGAUGCAGAAGCCAGAGACUUCCAUGUGAAGAGGGCUGGGACGAGGACCUGCCAGGACCUGCCGGGAGACUGCGUGUGGGGCUAAGAGCCAGACACCUCUGCAGCCAGGUCGCAGCUGUGUUCCGGAUCCCACCUAGGGUGUGCAUGUGCCAAGAAAGGCGCGCUCGCAGGUCUAAGCGUUUACCUUCAGUCUUGAAAACACCCUCUAUUUAAAAUCUUAAAUACAAUUUUUACAACAUGAAUUCCCUAAGUGCGGUUGAGCCCAAUCCCCUCAGAUUUUGAAAGGCUUUUAUGAAUUGAAAAGAAUUUAUUUUCAAUGCUUGAUGCUCUAGCCAAGACUACUAUUUUGGAAAAAAAUAACUGCCAUGGUGAUUUUCUUUUUCUUUUUUUUUUUUUUAGAUUUAGAAGGGAGUGAGUUGCUACGGGUAUGUCUUGCCCCUCCCCCUACAUCAGGAGAAUGCUCUGGUAGAUUAGAGUUCAGCUUUAAGUCCACAUCUGGAUUGUAUUAUUGUAGUCUAUGCGUUUUUUUAUGUUGGGUUAUUUUUUUGUAAAUCACUGUCUUUUGUAGAGAAGAGGUUUAACACUGGGAGAAAAAAAACCCUGCCAUUUAUAUGAUAAAAAUAGUUUUUUUAAAUUGAUAAUUGCCAUACACAUUACAAAUUAAGUGGAAAUUUACAACAUUUAUCUAGAUCCCACAAGGCACAAUAUUUAUAUCCACCUAGAGGUACCGGCUUUUACUAUUUAAAGCUAUUUUUGGAACCACUCACAGCCUGUGUAGUGAUAGCCAUAUAUUUAAUAAUGGGAUGGUGGCUAAACAGUCUUUUAUUGCACAGUUAAUUGUUCAUCAAUUGUAAUGAACGUGAGAAUUUUUCAGAUUUUAUGAUUUACCUAAAUGUUCCCUAAAUAGGCACUAAGUGCUAGGGUUUAUAGACAUUUGUUGUAACUGUAUCUCUGUGCCUUGGUUUCUCUCACGUCGCUGUACUGUCCUCUGUAAAAAAGAAAUUACCAACAGACAGUGUGGUAAACACAUCAAGGUUGUGAUGUAAAACUGGGAUCCUAUGUAUUUUUUAAGCAUCCUAACGAUUUCAUCGCUGUCAUGAUGGGCCGCACUCAGCGUCCUUCAUGGAAUAGCUGUAUGCACCUUUGUAUGGAUAGAGAGGCAAAGCGAGACUAUGUUUGCGAUAGCUCGAAGAGACCCGUGUCCUGGAACCUUCGCAGGCGUUUUAUUUUCAGUUGCCAUGUUUGAGUCACUGAAGACUUGAGCUCAUGCGUGUGCAUGCCUGUGCGCGUGUCAUGCCAACAGAAGACACUCUGUGUUCAAGUGAGGGGAGCCCAGGAGAGAGAGAGAGCAGGAGCACUUAAAAAUUCCAAGAACAUCGCCCGCCGACCUUUCCUCUCCUCUCUCAUUGCAAGGACUCAGGAAAAUCAAAAGCAUUUUCUAUUUCCAGAAUAAACUACAAUGAGAUUCUA